UAAUUGUCUCUCUUUAAUCAAUCAAUGUUUAACAUUUAAUCUUUUUUUCUCUUAUUAUUUACAAAGUGUGUGUGUCUGUUUUUAUCUAUUUAUCUCUUUAUCUUUCAUCAUAAUGUGUGUGUCUGUUUACUUAAAGGAGGUUUAAUCAACUAUCGACAAUAGAUUUUAAUAUUAUAAAUCCAACACGGGAACAAUCAAUGGUCGAUAAAUUACUGAUUACUAAUCAAUUCUAAGAUUGUUAGAAGAAGAUUAUCUUUUGAUAUUUUAAAAAACACAAAGAAAGGAACCAGAAUUCAUUUCAUGAGAAACAAAAGUAAACAACAAUCGCUUAACAGGUAUUCAAGCAGUUGAAAAUCAAUCAAAUUCUUGCGAUGGAUCAAAACCAAUCAAUCAAAAUGAAAAAAAAAAUCUAUAAAUUCAACUUUCUCUUUGUAUUUGCCGGUCAAAUUCCCGCCAGUCGAUGAAGUUAUUUUAUCCCGAGAGAUGGCGCUUACUUUUACUUACACGUUUUUGUUUACAAACAAGAAAAUUUCUGAAUGAAAAUUGAACAAUUAGCCGAUUGGAUUGAAUAGAAAUCAAUUUUGUCUGUCUCGCAACAAUUUGAAUAAUUUUGUUUAUUUUAAUAGCAAAUUCUAUUCUAUUGACUAAGUAAAUAGUCAUAAGUAGUUUCAUUGGAUUGGUAACAAGACCAUGUUGGAAGGAAGCACAGGCAAUUUCAGCAUCAACAUGAUUAACCAACAAGAGCAACCAUCACAACCUCAGCAACAACAACAACAACAAUUAUCUAAUGGUAAUAAUGCUAUUGCUUAUCAUUUCAAUCCUAGUGCGACUCGAAAUGUUUAUGAUUGGUACCAAACAAACACUCAUGUCAUUAUUAAUAUUAUGAUUAAAAAUCUAAAGGAAGCUGAUGUAAAAGUUAAACUUAUUGACGAGACACUCGAUGUGACCUGUGACCUAGCCGAUGGAUCUAUAUUUAAACUUCAUUUUAACCUAUUUAAACCCAUCUAUGUACAGGACAGUAAUUGGAGUGUGACACCUUCAAAGCUUGAAAUUCAACUUAAAAAAACUGAUCGGAAAAGAUGGCAAUCACUUGAAUUGAUACCAGAGAAAACUAAACAACGUAAUAGUCAUUCAAAUCCUUCUCACCAUCAUCACCAUAAUCACCAUCAUAAUCAACAACAUCACCAUCAUUCACAACAAUCAACCCAAUCAACUCCAAAACAUCAACCGCAACUACAACUUCAAACACAAAUUGAACCCAUACCACAAUUAGAGACGGAGGAUAAACAAUCAUUACAACAACAAACCGAUCAACAAUCUGAACCCAAAAUCAAUAAUCCUGAUGAUCCUGAGGCUCAAUCUAAAUCUGAACCUGAGGUUCAAUCUAAUCCCGAGCUUCAAUCUGAGUCUACAGUUGAACCAGAAUCUGAGCUUCAUUCCCAGGACCAAACCCAAUUACAGUCUCCACCUCAAUCUCAUCAACAACCACAACCUCAACAACAACAGAAUCAACAAGUUGUACCACAACAGCAAAUUCAACAAUUCAGCUUCACCAAAUCAUCUCCAGAAGAAUUGGAAUUUUUAUCUAACUCAGUUGAAUUGGGUUCCACAUUAAUUGAGCUUGAUUACGUUUUAUCUGUAUGAAAACAAGAGAUUGGAUUUAUUGUGAAUAAAUAAGUGACAAAAGUGAUUUGUUUGUGAUUGGCAAAAAAUUUUUGAUGAUAAUGAUAAUACAAAUAAAUAAUUGGUGAAUUGAGUGAAUUUAAAAAUGUAAAUUAAUUAUUUGUAUCCCUACUAUGGAACCAUAAUUUAAGAUUAAAUGAAUAUUUACAUUAAUUGA